AUGCCCACCUCCACGAGCGCCAACAUCCACGCCAUGUCCGGCUCGUUUGAGAAGUCCGUCAAGGGUGGCACCAAAGUGAAGUGCGCGCCUCCGAAGAGCAAGUAUGUCGAACAUAUCCUCCUGGCCACGCAGUCUGGAGAGGCCGGCGUUGCAGAGGUCUUCCGCACCCUCACACAUCGUUUGCGGGAUUCAACAUGGACGGUAGCCUUUAAGGCUCUCAUUAUUGUACACUUGAUGAUCAAAGAGGGGGUGGCGGAUGUAACAUUGCGCUAUCUGUCAGUCGCGCCUCGCAACAGGCUUGCUAUCAACAGCUUCACGGACGUGCAGACACAGGGUCAAAACAUAAGAGUUUACUCGGAGUACCUGCUCGCGCGUGCGCAGGCGUUUGAGAUGGGCCAUUGCGACUAUGUGAGGAACGGAGAGCGUCAUAUGAAGCGGUUGUCUGUGGACAAGGGGCUACUAAGGGAGACCGAGCUUGUACAGGACCAGAUCAAGGCGCUGGUCAGGUGCGAUCUGCUGUCCAACGACUACGAUUCGAACGAGAUCUCCUUGACGGCCUUCCGACUUCUGACUCGAGACCUCUUGAACCUUUUUGACGUGGAGAACCAGGCUGUGAUGAGCGUGCUUAGCCACUACUUUGAGAUGUCGAGACCGGACGCGGAGCGUGCUAUAACAAUCUACAAGACCUUCUGCAAGCAGACAGAUCAAGUAGUGCAGUAUCUCAGCGUUGCACGGCAAUAUGAGUAUGCUACACGGCUGGAGAUUCCCAAGUUGAAGCACGCACCGACAAGCUUGGCAGCUUCGUUGCAGGAAUACCUGGACGACAAGGACUUUGAAGUCAAUCGCAGGCAGUAUCUUGCGGAGCAGGAAGCCAAGAAGAGUGGCAAGCCAUUUUCGAAACCAUCACAGCCUGCUGUAUCGUCUACGAAGACUCCAACGCCUUUCGAUGAGAAGCCUACAACACAGCCAGCGGCGGCAACUGCGUCCGCGAAAGGCCCAAAUACCAACCUAAUAGACUUCUUUGAAUCAAUAGAGCAGAAUCAACAGACCACGGAGACGAAUCCAUUCUUGAGACAACCGCAGCAACCACAGCCGACAGGCUUUCAACAGCCUCAGCCGACGGGGUUUCAGCAGCCUCAAUCAACGGGAUUCCAGCAGCCUCAAUCAACGGGGUUUCAGCAGCCUCAAACAACGGGCUUUCAGCAGCCUCAACAAACUGGCUUCGCACCCGAACAGCAGGCUGUGAACGGGUUUGGUUUGAACGGAGCCCCUACAAAUCCGUACGCACAGUCACUCAUGCAACAGCAGCCUCCGCCUCAGCCUUUGCAAGCGCAAUAUACAGGCGCUGGAUUCGGCGGGUAUGGACCGCAGCCUUCGCAACAAUCGUUUGCACCUGGAAACGACUUCGGGCAGCAGGCACAACAAUUUCAGACACCGGCGCAAACACAUGCCCCAGCGCAACUGCAGCCACAGCCAACCAAUCCCUUCCGUCAGUCCAUGAUGGCAAUCGGAGGCUCGGGAGGUUUUGGCUCAUUGGGCCAGCCCCAACAACAACAACAACAUCAACAACAGCAACAACAACAACAAUCGCUCCAAAGAUCCGCUACGAAUCCUUUUGCACGCAAUCAGAUCUCUUCUAUACCGGAGGGCGGGCCUCCGCCUCAGCAAUUACCGCCGCAAACCUCAUCGCCAUUCUCACAGCAGCAACCGUCAUUCCAGACACAGCAGCAACCGCUGCAAGCACAGCUGACAGGCACAAACCCUUUCGCCCGCAAUCAAACUCCAACGCAGCAACCUACACCUCCCGUCUCACCACCCAACGCGCUCCAAGUGCAGCCUACUGGUAGCACGAAUCCUUUCCGGCAAUCGAUGUUUGUGAACCAGCAGACCGGACAGGGAUGGCAAAACUCACCACAGGCGACGAUGGGUGGUCUGGAGAAUCUGCAGACGGUACCUAUAUUCCCCCGACCUGGACAGGCGCCGCAACAACAGCAGCAGUCACCGUGGGGGUGA